AUGGUGAAGUUGGCCUGGAUUUGUUUUAGAGCCGUUGAAAGUGCCGGCGUCUUGGUGCAUCUCAUAGCAUCUUAUUGGACUACGAACCAGUUGGGGGCUGAUCUCAAUAGCUUGGCAGCGGGAUCUUUCUUCCCAGAUGCCUUUUAUAACUGUGCUGGUACACAGUUGGCAGAGUUAUCAGAAGAUUUGCAUUGGCCGAAGUUACUGGGCGCUUUCAUAGAAGAUUACAGGGAAAAUUCUAAUCAGUUUUCGGAGGAGGAUGAAAUUUCUAAUUAUAGAGCCUUCAUCUAUGGCAUGUUCUCUCACCAAUUGGUUGAUAUCAAUUGGCAUUCUCUUUCGUGGGCUCAAGGUCUGCUGAGGAUAGCGGCAGCAACGGAAUUCGACGGGCAGCUGGAAUUGGCGCACAACUUUCUUGAUACAGCGGGAGAUUUCUUUUUACUGAAUCAUUUCUUGACGGAUAAUGCAGUGGGAAAAGAAAACCCACUUUUUGAGUUUGUAUCUUCUAUCUCAUACCAAUAUCCGACUAAGCACAUUCUUAGGGUCAUCAAUGAAAAAUGGAACGUAUCAUUGUCCAAAUUUCAACUCGAUUAUUGCAUUUCACAAGGAUCUAUUGCUUUGCAGACUGAGCUAGAUUCAUCCAUUCAUGGCUAUCCUUCAUUGAUAUCGCAACAGUUUCUCAAAGUAUCUCCUAUCAUUCAAGAUCAGAUAAUGGAAUAUCAUUUUGGGGGGAUAAUCGACAUGGUCUCGAUGUCAAAAAGAUGUCUUGAAUCAUUGGAUACCCUAUUAGAUUCUGAUGUACCAUUUGAUCCUUGGAAAAUCUGUGAUAUCUACCGCAAACACUCAUCGAGUGAUGGCAUGGGAGAUAAUAGUCCAACCCAGUUUUCAUAUUCCCCCGUCAUUGUCUCCAAAAUUGCAACACCGAUCUUCGUUUCCCCGUAUAGCGCCAGCUCACUCUUCGGAUACAGUUUAGCAUUGGGAAAUUUCCUAGGCUUCAGAAACGGUGCUUGUGUCGCUGUCGGAGCCCCAAUUGAAGAAGGUUAUGGUUCUGUUUAUAUCAUCCCCAUAUCAGAAUUAUUGGAUCCCUCGUCUCAAGAAGCCAAUUCCAUGAAACUGGACCUGCACAGGAGACAUUUGACUUACUCACCUCGAUUUGGAAGCCAUUUAUCAACGAUUCAUAUUCAUGGACUUUCUAUUUUGGUGGUAUCCACACCAGGCCUUGGCUACAUUCAAUUCUACUAUAGAAAUAUCCUGCUUUUGACUAUACAUUCCGAUCAUCCAAACGUGAUAGAAGGUUCGCACGGCCCAGAUAAUCAGUUUGGGAUAUACACCAAUGUGUACGAUGUAAACUCUGAUAACGUUGAAGAUCUAAUAAUCCUCAAUUUUUUAGGAGAUUCUCAAGAGUCUCCCCAGACAGGCUACAUCAGUAUAAUAGAUGGCCUUCUUCUUCGUCACUUGAUAUUUCGAACGAACAAAGCGGAAAGAUCCUUGUCACUUUCACAAUGUGAAUGGAAACGCUUAUCAUUGCCAUUGAAUAUAAAGCAUGGCAACGAGUACGCUCAUUUUGGUAAACAGGUUGCUGUUCACAGCAACCUGAUUUUUGCCUCCAUUGAAGCAGCACAAUGUGUUGUAUGUUACAAGAGUUGGGAGCCAAUACAUAUAAUUCAACGUGACCAAAUAUCUGAAUUUUCUGUCAAUUCUAACAAAAGAUUUCCAUCAAGAGACGGGCAAUUUGGAUCUAGCUUUAUCCACAUUACUCCAAAAAUCAAAGAAAUCUCCUAUUUGUUGAUAUCGGCUCAUUCCGAGUCUAUACCCGGUUGUCCUCUUUGUGGUGCUGUUUAUUUGUAUGCAAUUGAUCCAAUGAUCAAGUUUUUAAAGAAGUUGACUCUGAACCCUUUAGCGCCGCCAUCCAGCUAUUCCCAGUUUGGACAGGCAAUUGCUCAAGACCCCACAGACCCAAACAUUGUGUACAUCAGCUCGCAGCAUUUUGACAACUGGAAAGGAGCUGUUUGGAAAAUAGAAUUGAACAAUGUGUUAGAGUCUCCCCUAGAGCUUUUCGAAGUGAUUCAAGAGCCGAUUAUUACUGGUGUUGGCAACCAAGGGAGCCAAGGGUUUGGAAGAUCACUUGAUUUGAGUGUACAUGAUGGAAGGAAGUAUCUAUUUACAGGUACUGCAUUCUAUGGAAUUAACCAACUAAAAAAUAUGCAGCAAAGUCUAGUUGGUGGGGUAAGUAUAUGUCAAGUUUAA